AAAAUAUUUGUUAUUAUCACGACUAUAACUAUUCCACCACCACGACUGUCGUUAGUAAUAUUGGUUAUCAUCAGUUGCAUAGCGGUGCUUUUAUUGUGAUGGUGUGACAGAGAGCAACAAUCAGCAGAUUAAGGCAGUGCCGUGUCACCACCCGCAUAACUCUUCGCAGCACUCCGAGGUAGCGGUUGAAGUGUCGUUUGUGUCUUACCUGAUGAAAACGUCAAACACAGGUGCUGCACGUGAACCACUGAAUCAGUUUAAGGUUUCCAAACGAAGCAGAUACUGGAAUGGCACCAAUUCUGUAUGACACAGAACCACAACCUGGAGAUUUAAUAGAAAUCUUCCGUGGGCUCUACCAGCACUGGGCUGUGUACAUCGGAAAGGGCUACGUUAUUCACUUGGCACCACCCUGUGAGGUUGCAGGAGCAGGUGCCAGCAGUUUUAGGUCUGUCACCUGUGAUAAGGCCAUAGUGAAGAGAGAGCGGCUGUGGGAUGUGGUGGGAACCGACAAAUGGCAAAUAAACAACAUUCUCGAUGACAAGCAUGAACCCCGCCAAGCUCCUGUCAUAGUGGAGGAGGCCAAGGCGCUGGUGGGCAGAGUGCAGCCAUACAGCCUCCGCUGUCAGAACUGUGAGCACUUUGCCACUGAGCUGCGCUAUGGCAAGGCAGAGUCCCGCCAGGUGCGUAAUGCACAAAAUACGCUCAUAGCUGCUGGCACGGCAGCGGCCGUGGUUCUUGGCGCUGCAGCUUUCAUACGACAUCUGUCGGGACGCAGCAAACACACCGAGGAGGACGAGGACGAGGACGAGGACUGAUCAAAGUCUGGAUUCACCUGUUCACUUUUUGUUUUUGACAUAUUUUGUUUAUAAUAAUAUAAUCACUUAAAUGUCGGAAUUAUUAUUUUAGUUUAAAUCCAUUGAGCCCUCUGUAUUUACAUUGGGAGCAAGUUCUCAUCAUGUUUGUAAUGGUCAACCUAAACACCUUUUGAGAUAGAUAGUUGCUUAAUUCUACACACAGUGCCUUAAGCAGAUCACCAGCAGCUCAUCGAUCUGAAUCACAUACUUAUGCUGCGUGCACAGUUAAUAGGCAAGUGAGUAUUUUGAGCUUAUUGUCAAUUCUAUGUUUUUUUUCCAACUCCAAGCUAUAUGAACUUGAAAGCUAAUUGGAUUUAAACAUUAUCAGGUGGUGUGUAUUUGUGUGAUGAGGGAGGGUGUGGCCUAAAGUGAUCAACACCCUAUAUUAAGGUGUGCAUAAUUAUUAGGCAUAAACGCGAUCUAUUAACAGUUUGGAUUGACUGAGAGAACUGCAUUUGCUCAGGAAUACAACUUGCCUAUUAAUUGUGCACGCAGUGUAUAACACUACCUAUUUUGUAUUUAGUCAUAUUUAUAUGGAAAAUGAUCACACUAUUUAACUACUAGGAAAAGCACUGACCUACACCAGCGUUACACUACUUCACACUAACUCCAAUCACAAAGACUCCAAGGUCAUAGGUUUUUGAAGGGAAAUGCAACAAAAUAACUGAUGAAAAUGUGAUGAAAUUGUCAGUACAAGAAAGCCAUGUAACUACAUGUCGUGUUAAUUUGUUACCUCCUGACGCUUAACGGUUCGUAUGUGGUUGGAAUAAAAUACUGCGUCUGUGUAA